AAGAAAUGGAGGUGGAUUGGCUGGCCAUAGUCUGAGGAAACCAUCAAGUGACAUCACUAGACAAGCCAUUGAUCGAGUGGAACCCGAAAGGGAAGCGGCGAGUUGGUCGUCCGAAGGUGGGGUGACUUGGAGGAGGUCAUGUGAAGAGGAGAUGAAGGUAUGUGGGCAGACUUGGAGGGAGGUGAAAAAGUUGGCAGAAUACCGAAGGCAAUGGAGACUUGGGCAGCUGAAGCCCUAUGUUCCUCUAGGAAUUAAAGGAUAUAGUAAAUAAUAAUGAUAAAUCUACUUAUUUCGUUGUCUUUAUUUCAGUUGGUAUUCCUCUGUGUGUAUGUAUGUAUGUAUGUGUGUGCGUGCGUGCGUGCGUGUGUGUGGUCAUCAAUCACACUGUUUGUCAUGCGUCUCAGUCUUGGUUUUUUAUUCCGUUUUUUGUUCUUUUGUACACACGAUAGACUCGCCUUCACUUUAAGCAUUUAGUGCUGAACAUAAAUAAAGCAUUUCCAAUCAAAUCAGUUCAAUCUGCAGGUAACAAUAACAAUUAUAAUAAUAGUAAAAAUAAUAAUGAUUUAAAACGUCAUAUAUCUCCAACAUCAUCUAGUCGACCGGAACCACCGACAAAAAUGCAUACACCAUGGCAGUCACAAUAUAAACCUUCAGUAAUGCCUACUGAAACUACUGUACAGAAAUCAGCAUCCUCCUCCUCAACAUCAUCAUCGUGUGUUGUAGCACCAAUGGAACGAAUUCAAUCGGCUAGACCUCAACAAUUUUUAAUUGAACAUUCUGUUGUCACUGCAGCAACUACCAGUAGCAAUGGUAAUGCUGCUGAAGACAGUCCGUCAAGUGUUGUUAUCACCAGUAGUAAAAAUGGUAUCAAUCAUCACUACCAUCCGUCUACCUCAAAAUCAAUUCUUGAAGAAAUACGUAUUAUGGAUGAGCUACCGACACCAUUUCCUGCUUAUGUUGCUUCAGCACCGACAGCUACACCGGCGCUUAAACCUCCCGGUUUAAAUUAUAAUCUAAAUAAUCAUAAUAAUCAUAAUAAUAAUAUUGGUAUUUCAUCAUCUAUGAUACCGAAAAGCAUUGAAACUGUGAUUCAACAAGCUCAUGUCCCAUCAGCAUCAUCCGUAUCAAAUGAUGCCAUCAUUUCACAUACAAGACAUCGACAUUAUUCAUCGAAUAAUUCAUCAAGUUUUUCAUCUGCUUCAACAUCUCCACGUAGUUCAUGUUCAUCGAGUCAGCUGAAUUUACUUGAUCCUGCUGUAUCAACUGAUCCCACCACCUCAGAAAGUCAUCAAACUACAGUAUUAUCGAAUACUAAUCCAUCAUCAUCAUUAUCGCCACGGUCAUCAGGAUCAGUAGUAUCCUCCUCUUUAUCUCCGUCGUCAGCCUCAGAGUCGUCGACAUCCGCGCCGUCAACAUCAGCAACAUCUUCAUCAGCCUCGUCUGCGUCUACGCAUUCUUCGGUUGGUCCAUCCACUGCAAAUAUCCCAUGUAAUGAUGAUCAAAAUGAUGAUGGUGAUGACGAAGUUUUUGUAACGAAGGAUAAAGAAGGCGGUGUUACUGAUGAUCUUGUUCAUGAAACUUCGGCUGAUAAAGAUUUAUCACCACCAAUAUCACCAUGUGUUAGUGAGCCCUCACAAACACAAAGUCAAGGUGUUGUUGAUAAAGAUGCCAAUCAUGACAAUAACCACGCAGAUUGUUUAGCAAUUACUGAGCCUACGAUAAUUCAAGAUCCAUUAGAGGCACAAUUUCUACCAAUUGAUUCUGAGUCACAUAUUUUAGGCAGUCAUUUAAUUCAAGUGAGUCAUCUUAAUAUCAGUUCACAGAAUGUUAAUCAAUCUAUCCAAUUGAAUACACCAUAUGGUGAUGGUGAUGCUCUGACUACUGAUAAUACUACAAGUAGUGUUAGUCCUAACUCUAAUGGUGAUGAUAAUUUUAAGCAGAACAAAAACAUGAACGAUAGAAUUCAAUCAGUUGAGGCAGAAAAAUCUCUACAUGAUCAACAGCCUACUGAAACCGAGGAUGAGGAUGAUGACGGUGAUGGCGAUGAUGACGAUUUGAAUGACAUUGUCCAUUAUCAGUCAGAACGUUUAUCACCAGUGUCGUUUGAUCGUGGUACAGUGACUACAAUCGAUUCACAUCUUUCUAGUAUUAUGGCACAAGAUGAAUAUGAUAAUCAACGUGAAAAUAGUAUGAUUACUAAUCAUAAUCAUAGUAUUAGUACUACUACUAAUACAGAUAGAGAUUCAAGUUGUUACUCUAAACACACUGGUGAUGAUGUUGGCUCAGUCGAAUUCCCGAAAUCUCCACCACACGCUUGUCUUGAUAUACAAAGUGAUAAUCCAGAAGAUUGGGAUUUAGAUGUAGCUGAUCGGGAACUGUUGGCUGCCGACGGUCUCCUCUAUUUGGAUCGUAGUCAUCCGGUAAGUAUACAACAGUGUGUAUCAUUUAUUGGUCCUGUGUCAUAA